CUGCUGCUCUUUCAUAGUAGUUUCUCUCUCCUCCAAAACCAUUUUGCUUACGCUUAAAUCCAAUGAGUCUAAUUCGAACCUUGACUCAGCGUCCCCUUUCCAUAGCAACUGCGCCUCAUACCAAACGUUCACAAGUAGGCUCUCAAAAGAACAAUGAGGCUAACCUGUGGAUAUUGCCUUCAAGCAUGCCUGUAGAAUAUAACGAGCUCAAAUCAAUGUACCAGCUCUCCAAAGAUAAUUCAAAACGAAGGCGAUGGUCAAAGCUGCUGGUCAAAUAUCGGGAUGUGUAUCCGCGAGGGCCCAUGGCUGAGCAGCUGGCAAUGACAGCCGCUCAAUGAGUCGUUGUACAGACAUGAUUUUCUCCGCUUAAUAAAUUUAGCAGCCUCCCUACAAAGGUGGUUUCUUUAUAUCACUCAUAUCCCUUGCCUCGCCUUUCUUCAAUCAAUCCAUGAAUAUCUCUAGAACCGACUUGCAAGCCGCUUUGGAGCGAGUUGUGCAGAUCGCCCUUGAUCGCAAUGACCAUUUGCCCGAAUUACCUGUUGUUCAAAUGAAUCAGAAUACUGAUCAGGCCGAGACUCAGCUGCUGACAAGUCGCCUACCCACAACCGGCCAGCCUCUCGACAAGACGUUUGAUCAAGUGUUUGACAGCGUGCUGAAGGAAGCGCCCAAUGCCAAUGGACCUAGGUUUUUUGGUUUGAUCACAGGGGGGACAACACCGGCCUCUAUUGUUGGUGACUUUCUGGCAACCCUCUAUGACUUGAACGUGGCCUUGCAUCUGCCUAAGGAGACCAACGCAGUGACAAUUGAACAAUUGGCCCUCGAUAUGGUGUUGGAUCUCUGCCAAAUCCCUCGAGAGGCGUAUCCCGGCAAGCUCUUAACCACAGGAGCAACUGCCAGCAACACCAUGGGCAUGAUGAUUGCCAGGCAGUGGGUAGGAAAGAAAAGAUUCAAUAUCGACAUUGCCGAAGAUGGCUUCUGCGGCAAAGUGAUCAAAGUGAUUGGUGGCCGAGCCCAUUCCAGUGUCAUUAAAGCUGUCGGAGUAGCGGGUCUAGGACGCGGAAACUACAUUGAUGUUUCGCUGGAUCAACGUGGCUACAAAUGGGAUUUGGAAAAGAUGGAAACCAUUCUCAAGGCACAAAGGAACGGAGACUCCGAAGGUUCUAUUGUGGUGGUCGGCUGCGGAGAGAUCAAUACGGGUGGAUUCACUGCAGAUAUCGAUAAAAUUCGAGCACUAUGCACUCAGUACGAUGCUUGGCUGCAUAUUGACGCUGCAUUUGGUUUGUACGCUCGAGCAAUGCCUUCCCAUGCUGCGUUUGCUGCUAACAUCGAGAUGGGUGACAGUAUGACUUCAGACGCGCAUAAGUGGCUAAAUGUGCCUUAUGACUGUGGAUUGUUUUAUACCAAGCACAUCGAUAUGUGCUCAGAAGUUUUCGGAGGAGCCAAGUCUGCUUAUCUGGAUACCGGCAAGACGUCCAUUCCCCAACCCUUGAGCGUCGGCAUUGAAAAUUCUCGUCGAUUUAGAGCUCUGCCUCUCUAUAUGUCGUUACUGACUUAUGGCGCCAAAGGCUAUCAAGAAAUUUUCGAAAGCAAUUGCAACUUUGCAGUACGUCUAGGUGAAUGGAUCGAUCAACACCCAGACUUGGAGCUUCUGGCACCUGUUUACCUGCACACUGUGUUGUUCCGUGUGUCAGCUAAGCCAUGGGCACAUCCUGAAGGAAACGACCAAUUCAUCGAAGCGAUCAAGGGCACGGAAAAGGCUUAUGUCACCAAGACAGUCUGGGAUGGACAGCCUGCCAUUAGAGCAGCUAUGAGUAACUGGCGGACAGAACUAGAUCGCGACCUACCCAUUGUCCAACAAGCUUUAGAAGAAGCGUUACAAUCUCGAACAGCAUGAUGGUGUUGGCAUUAUUAUUUGAGUCUUUUUAUUUUUCACACAUUAUAUCACAACUGAUUGUAAUUUACAACAAAUUAAAAA